ACCCAUUCUGCACGCACGGAGCCGAACAGAUCGGGGACAGGCCGACAGUACUGCAAAAAAAUUAGCAAUGGACGAAGAAAUCUCGAAGGCUCUGAGUCUGCCGGAGGUGGGGUACAGCCGAGUGUGGGAGGAUCACCGCGUCCUCUCUAAGGCCCUUGCCAUUCAGCCUCAAGAUACUGUCCUCUGCAUCACUAGUUCUGGAGACAAUGUCUUGAAUUUGCUUCUAGAUGAGCCGAGAAAGAUAAUUGCUGUAGAUCUGAGCCAGGCUCAGAACUCUCUGCUAGAGCUGAAGUUGGCAGGCAUUCGAUGUCUCUCUCACCAUGACUUUCUCGUCCUUCUGGGGGAGACAGACGAUAAGUUGAAGCGCUGGGAUGAGAUAUAUGCUUUGGUGAUGGAGAAUGGACAAAUGCCGCCUUAUGCCAAACAAUACUGGGACAUCCAUCAAAAGUCGCUCAAAUCCUGUGGAGGUUGGUUGGGAACGUUUGACAAGUAUGCAUUGGGAUUCUCAGAGAGAAAACUCUCUGGGGUCCUCUCUGCGGAGCAGGUGGACGAGUUUCUUUCUGCACCUUCACUGGAGGAACAGAGGCAGCUAUUUGACCUCUGGCCAGUCCAGAAACUAAGACAAGCAUACAGGGAAUUUGCAAGCACGAAAGCCCAGACCAAAGGCCGUGGCACUGCAAAGUUCAAGUUUGUCCAGGUAUCUGACUCGGAGAUCCAAGAUGUCUCCUGGGCCAGGCUGGAGAGAACGUGUAGACACGUGCCAGCGAGAGACAACUUUUACCUCAGCUGGCUUCUGCGCGGAGGUAGAGGGUACGACCCUCUCAUUAGGCCGGAAUAUGCCCCACCUUACUUGACCGGGGAGAGCUUUGACAAGUUGAAGGGGCUGGUGGAUCGUGUUGUGGUGCACAGUGGAGCGUUGGAGGAAUACCUCACAAGCACGGGAUGUGAAAAACCUUCCAAGCUUGCACUGUCCAAUAUAUUUGAGUACAUGAGUCAGGAGUCAGCCGAUGGUGUAUUUGACACUCUGGGUUCUCACGUUCCAAAUGGAGGACGUGUGGUUUACUGGGAGUACAUGAACUCUCGUGCUCCCUCGUGUACCUCUGCUGGUGACACUGGACGAGCCAGGCUCCAGGAGAUGAAAGAGGAAUGCCAGCGGCUACGUGAAGAAGACCGCUCACUUACGCAGACGAGCCGAACGGAUCAGGAACAGAAGGUGGGCGUUGAAGAGAAUAAAAUGGCGGCUCUGGAGAACGCGAACCCACUGGUUUUCGGCCGUACGGUGGAGCGGCAAGUGCUGCCUGAAGAGCUAGACGACGACGUAAGAGACGAGAUAGACGCGCGGGAGGUGUUCGACCUUCUCCGCUGCAUCAACGACCCCGAGCACCCGUUGACGCUGGAGGAACUAAACGUACUACAGGAAGGCCACAUCGAGGUGGACGACCCUGGUAACAGGGUGGAGGUGCUCUUCACGCCCACCAUUCCUCACUGCAGCAUGGCCACGUUGAUAGGUCUCUCGAUUCGCGUCCGACUUCUCCGCGCCCUACCGGCCAGGUUCAAGGUCGACAUCCGGAUUCGUCCGGGGACUCACGCGUCCGAACAGGCGGUGAACAAGCAGUUGGCGGACAAGGAGAGAGUGGCGGCUGCUCUGGAGAACACCCACCUCCUGGAAGUGGUCAACCAGUGCCUGGACAUCAAGGAAUGA